GCAAUUUUAAUCCGUGACGCAACUUUGUAUCUAUCUGCUUUCAUUAAUUUUUUUUAAAAAAUUGAUACUAAUAAAAAAUGAUGAUGAUGAACACUUUAUGAUUGAAAUUGGAACAAACAAGUUCAAAUUCACCAAAUUACUAUCAUUUUUCAGUUGUUAGUUAAUUACUGCUACUACUACUAAUCACUCUCUAGAAAUCAAUCUUAACAAUGCUCAAAUUUAUCUCUCACUUCCUCAAAUCAAAAUCAAAUUUAAAAUCCACACUUUCCAAUUCUAGGGUUCCAAUCUCUCGUAAUUUCUGCACAACACCGAUCAGAGACUCAAUUCAAUACGACGUCGUUAUCGUCGGAGCUGGUCCCGCCGGUUUAUCGGCGGCAAUACGAUUAAAACAACUUUGCCGCCAAAACGACACCGAUUUAUCCGUUUGCGUUCUCGAAAAAGGCGCUGAAGUUGGUGCUCAUAUUCUUUCUGGAAAUGUUUUUGAACCUCGUGCGUUGAAUGAGCUUCUUCCUCAGUGGAAGCAGCAAGAGGCUCCGAUUACUACACCGGUUUCCUCUGAUAAGUUUUGGUUUUUGACUAAGAAUCGUGCAAUUUCGCUUCCGAGUCCUUUUAACAAUGAAGGGAACUAUGUAAUAAGUUUAAGUCAGUUAGUACGAUGGAUGGGGGAAAAAGCUGAAGAGUUAGGCGUGGAGAUAUACCCAGGAUUUGCUGCUAGUGAGAUAUUGUACGAUGCUAACGACAAAGUUAUCGGUAUUGGAACUAAUGAUAUGGGAAUUUCAAAAGAUGGUUCGAAGAAGGAGAAUUUUCAACGUGGUGUUGAGAUCAAAGGUCGAAUGACACUUCUGUCUGAGGGAUGUCGAGGAUCGCUAUCAGAGCAAAUAAUGAAAAAGUACAACCUGAGAGAGAAGGGAGGUGCAGAACAUCAGACAUAUGCUUUGGGAAUUAAAGAGGUUUGGGAAAUUGACGAGGAAAAGCAUCAACCUGGUGCAGUACUUCACACAUUAGGAUGGCCCUUGGAUCAUAAAACAUAUGGAGGAUCUUUUCUGUAUCACAUGAAAGACAGACAAAUUGCUCUAGGCCUUGUGGUUGCUUUGAACUAUCAGAAUCCUUUCAUGAAUCCUUAUGAGGAAUUCCAGAAACUUAAGCAUCAUCCUGCAAUCAAACCAUAUCUGGAAGGCGGAACAGUUAUCCAGUAUGGAGCUCGCACUUUAAAUGAAGGUGGUUUUCAGUCUAUCCCAUAUCCAGUUUUUCCUGGUGGAGCAAUUAUUGGAUGUUCAGCUGGCUUCUUGAAUGUGCCUAAGAUAAAGGGAACUCACACAGCAAUGAAAUCAGGAAUGCUUGCAGCUGAAGCUGCAUUUGGUGCGGUUAAUGAAGGUCUAGAUAUGAAUACAUAUUGGGAUGCUUUGAGGAAUUCAUGGAUAUGGGAAGAACUAUAUAAAGCUCGGAACUACCGACCUGCCUUCAAGUAUGGGCUUAUUCCAGGACUGGCUUUAAGUGGUCUGGAACAUUACAUACUCAAGGGGAGGCAUCCCAUUACUUUGAAGCAUGGUAAACCUGAUCAUGAAGCUACAAAUGCUGCACAGUUGCAUUCUCCAAUUCACUAUCCAAAGCCCGAUGGCAUCUUGUCCUUUGAUGUACCUACCUCCCUGCACAGAAGCAACACAAAUCAUGAGCAUGAUCAACCUCCACACCUUCGAUUGAGAGACCCAAAGAUUCCUGAACUUACAAAUUUACCGGUGUAUGCUGCUCCUGAAUCACGAUAUUGUCCUGCACGAGUAUACGAGUACGUUGCUGCUGAGCAAAAUAAACUGAAGUUGCAGAUUAAUGCUCAAAACUGUUUGCAUUGCAAGGCUUGUGAUAUCAAAGAUCCAAAGCAAAACAUCAAGUGGACAGUGCCUGAAGGGGGUGGAGGCCCGGGAUACUCAGUUAUGUAGAUCUGGGAGUUAGUAGUCAUACAUUGUUGUCCCCGCAAAAUUGUGACUUCCUUAAUGUUAACGCAUUCUCCUGAAUUAUACAAUUGCAUUAUGGCCCCGCUUUCUUUCUAAAAGAUGUAAUACUGCAGUAAAAUGUUAUUUGUGAAACAGAAUAAGUUGCUAAGGUUCCUCAUCUUAAAGACAACAAGCAUGUUAGACUAUUCUGUGUAAA